AUAUAUAUACGCAAGCUUAAGCAGUUGUUGGAUUGCAUUUCAAGAUGAACACAUUAUCAAAAGAUGCCAUUCUUGCUCUGAGUAGCGUGUGUUUUUCAACUAAGACGAAUACAAUUCUUGACGAUGUCACCUGUACAGCACGAAGUGGCGCAAUCCUUGCAAUUAUGGGACCCUCAGGUGCUGGGAAAACCACACUUCUGAAUGUCAUAUCUGGUCGACAAAAGCUGACAUCCGGUGAAAUUACCUUAUCUGGGGUACAAUUUGGGAAGCAAUUGCGACGUCGACUUGGAUUUGUUCUACAGAGCGAUGUGCUUUUCUCAAAUCUGACGCUGUGGGAAACUCUUUAUUUUACGGCGAUGAUUCGACUACCGGAGAGUGUUUCGAAAGAAGACAAGUUACAGAGACUGGAAGAGAUCAUUGAUGCUCUCGACAUUCAAAAGUGUCGGAAUACGGUGAUUGGCGACAACUUCGUUCGAGGUCUUUCGGGUGGUGAGAAGAAAAGAGCCAGCAUUGCAUCAGAACUGCUUACUGAUCCGGACAUACUACUUCUGGAUGAGCCUACAUCUGGCCUUGACUCAACCAUUGCUCUCAGUCUAAUAAACCAACUGAAGGGGGUUGCAUCCUGCUACAACAAAACGGUAAUUGUAACAAUUCACCAGCCUUCCAGCCAGAUUUAUCAUUUGUUCGACGCUCUUCUACUUCUAUCACAUGGCCAGGUAGCGUACUUUGGAGAGGCCCACGAAAAACCAUUGGAGUUUAUGGAGAAGCUUGGUAAUCUGUGUAACCCCCUAUACAAUCCUGCCGAUUUUCUUCUUGCUGUUUUGAAACUUGAGAAAACGAAACUUGACGAACUUGUACAGAUGAACAAAACGGAACAGUUAAUACAACCCUGUAAAGGCAAGGAUAAUGCUGCUUUCAUUGAUGAGAACGAACGAAACGCUGACGUGAAAGUGAAGGCGGGUGAUCUUUACGUCUUGCCAACCAAGCAAUCCACAAACACGACUAUAACAUUGGAUGCUGUUGACCUAGAUAACGCGCAGAACACGCAAGCAAAAUGGCCAACAAACGUCUGGACGCAGUUUCGAAUGUUGUCAUGGCGAAACUACAAACAGUCGAAAAGUCGCAUAUUCGAAUAUCACGACCUGAUAUAUUUUGCGGUAACCGCAGCUGUUUGUGGCGUGCUCUUCUUUCAAAUUCCGAAAGAUGCAGAUGUGUUUAGAGACAGAAUGGGUUUUAUAUUUUUCUUCAUUACGUUUUGGACAUAUCAACCUGUAUUUCAAGCCAUCUUAACAUUCCCAACAGAGAGAUGCAUUAUAUUGAAAGAAAGAGCUGGAGGGGCAUAUCGAUUGUCUGCUUACUAUUUUGCCAAAACUGUGAGCGAACUACCUUUAACACUCGUGGUUCCAUCGUUGUUCUAUACGUUUGUGUUUUGGAUGUCUGGAUUGGGCAACGUUAGACAGUUUUUCAUGACUUGGCCCAUUUUCAUGUUAAGCGUUUUUCGUGCACAGGGUCUUGGGAUGCUGAUUGGGGCUUUCUUUACAAACAUGAGUGUCGCUAUGCUCGUUGGAAAUAUAGUGAUAAUAAUUUCGAUGUUGUUCAGUGGCUUCAUUACCCAAAAAAUCCCCUGGUGGAUGGACUGGGCGCGCUACAUUUCUCAAAUCCAGUAUCCUCUAUCGGCCAUCACCAUUAUUACGUUACAAGGAUUGGAACCGAUAUCAUGUCAAUACCCGAGUGUGUCUCUAUAUCCAACCUGCUUGUACGAUAUAAACGCCACUGUGACAUCGAGUGAUAUUCUGAAGGAGGCGGGGAUUGUCCUUCCGCUACAUUGUUACAUAUCAAUGCUUGCAUGUUUGCUUGUUAUCUUGCGUGUUCUGGUAUACAUUGUGUUACGUGUACGUAGAUAGUGUACUGGUAUACAUUGUGUGACGUGUACAUAGUAAGUGUUCUGGUAUACGUUAAGUGUAAAUAGAUAGUGUACUUUUAAACAUAGUGUUACGUGUACAUGGAUAGUGUAUUGGUAUAUAUUGUCUUACGUGUACGUAUAUAGUGUACUGGUAUACAUUGUGUUACGUAUACAUGGACAUUCUAGUAUACAUUGUGUUACGUAUACAUGGAUAGUGUACUAAUAUACAUCGUGUUACGCGUACGUAGAUAGUGUACUGAUAUACCCUGUGUAACGUGUACAUAGAUAGUGUACUGGUAUACCCUGUGUUACGUGUACAUAGAUAGUGUACUGGUAUACCCUGUGUUACAUGUACAUAGAUAGUGUUCUGGUAUACAUUGUGUUACGUGUACAUAUAUAGUGUUCUGGUAUACUAUGUGUUACGCAUACGUAGAUAGUGUACUGUUAUACAUUGUGUCACGUGUACACAGAUAGUGUUCUUGUAUACAUUAUGUACGUAUACAUAGAUAGUGUACCGGUAUACAUUGUGGUAUGUGUACAUUGAUAGUGUACCGGUUUACAUUGUGUUGCAUGUAUAUUGAUAGUGUACCGGUCUUCAUUGUGUACGUAUACAUAGAUAUUGUUCUGGUAUACAUUGUGUUACGUGUACACAGAUAGUGUUCUGGUAUACAUUUUGUUACAUGUACACCGAUAGUGUUCUGUUAUACAUUGUGUUAGAUGUACAUUGAUAGUGUACCAUUAUACAUUGUGUUACAUGUACAUUGAUGGUGUACCGGUCUUCAUUGUGUACGUAUAUAUAGAUAGUGUACCGGUAUACAUUGUGUUACAUGUACAUUGAUAGUGUACCGGUAUACAUUGUGUUACAUGUACAUUGAUAGUGUACCGGUCUACAUUGUGUACGUAUACAUAUAUAGUGUACCGGUCUACAUUGUGUUACGUGUACAUAGAUAGUGUACUGGUAUACAUUGUGUUACAUGUACAUUGAUAAUGUACCGGUAUACAUUGUGUUACAUGUACAUUGAUAGUGUACCGGUCUACAUUGUGUACGUAUACAUAUAUAGUGUACCGGUCUACAUUGUGUUACGUGUACAUAGAUUUUGUACUGGUAUACAUUGUGUUACAUAUACAUUGAUAGUGUACCGGUAUACACUGUGUUACAUGUACAUUGAUGGUGUACCGGUCUUCAUUGUGUACGUAUAUAUAGAUAGUGUACCGGUAUACGUUGUGUUACAUGUACAUUGAUAGUGUACCGGUAUACAUUGUGUUACAUGUACAUUGAUAGUGUACCGGUCUACAUUGUGUACGUAUACAUAUAUAGUGUACCGGUCUACAUUGUGUUACGUGUACAUAGAUAGUGUACUGGUAUACAUUGUGUUACAUGUACAUUGAUAAUGUACCGGUAUACAUUGUGUUACAUGUACAUUGAUAGUGUACCGGUCUACAUUGUGUACGUAUACAUAUAUAGUGUACCGGUCUACAUUGUGUUACGUGUACAUAGAUUUUGUACUGGUAUAUAUUGUGUUACAUAUACAUUGAUAGUGUACCGGUAUACAUUGUGUUACAUGUACAUUGAUGGUGUACCGGUCUACAUUGUGUUACGUGUACAUAGAUAGUUAUCCGGUAUACAUCGUGUUACGAAUCGUACACAGUAUCCUUUUCAACAUCUUACUACGUAUACAUAGACAUUUGGUGAUUUGAGGAAUAGUUUAUGUACCAUAGAUACUUCUCAAUUACAUAUGAAUUCGCGAUAUCAUGGCAUUGUGUUUUGUUUACAUAUGUUUAUUGAGAAUGUAACAUUCUAUAUAAAGUCUUUGGUUAUUUUGUUUUUACUAAAACAACAACUUAUUUAUGCAAUGCCAGACGAGUAGUUUUUAGGCCUCACCAAAUUAAUAACUUGUUCAUCGGAUUUCCAGCACCUAUUUCUUCAGAAAAAAAACAACAUUUUUUACAAUUAUCGAAACACCGGCUAGUCCCAAUCAUUCAGCCGCUCUGAUCAGAGUCAAUGACGUCAACACGGAUCGCAUUGAACGGUAUAGACCCGGAUUUAAGCGUCAAGAUGAUCGAGACUAAACACAUGAAAUCAAUUAUUUCACUUCCUGACUCAUGAAAAAUACGUCAACAAAUGACAAUUCUACCACAAUUUAAAGUUUGAUUAAAUUUUGGACAAAUGUGUUUGUUUUAAUUUGGCUCCCGCUAAAAGUAAACGUAUAUAUACUGGACAAGAAGAGCUGAAUUUCAUUGUGAAUGAAAGUUAGUGAUUAUCCAAAGUUUGAAUUUGAUUCGGACAUGUCUGAACGUGAAAUGACAGUUUCCAAUCGGUCAUCUAUACCUUCUACACCUGUCCAGAAGGAAACUUCAGGUGUAUAUUUUUAACUUCUUUGUUGUUUUGUAGCAAAUUUGUUGUAUUUUUUGUAGUAUUUUUUCCUUCAAAAGUAUACAUUUAAUAGUUUAUGCAUGCCUAUUAUUUUGCUACAGAUCAAAGUAUAGUGUUUAUUUAAUUCAUAUGCAAUGCAUGUACAGUAAUAGAAAAAUAAAGUUUUGCUCAAAAACGA